AAAGGAAAACUUUGUAAGAAGGAGAUUCAAUUUAAGAUUACUUUUCUCAAAAAUUAAGAGAUAUUAAUUCAAUAAGGUAUGGGCGGUAAAAAGAUCCUGGAUUUCGAGAAAUAAUCUGAAGAACAAAAGUAUUAAUUUUGCAAGUGAUAUUUUGUGAAAAGAAAGAUCAAUUUUUCCAACUUUUUAUUUCAACGUUGAAAAUUUGUUAUUUUAAAAUUUAAUUCCGCAUAUAAAAUACUGAACUGAAAUGAAAUCGAUGAAAAAUAAGAGAUUCUAGGCUCAUCUAAGGCCAGUUUCAAGGUGAAACAAGUAGUUUAAAUAUCCGUGAUGUAAUCUUCAAAUCGGAUUUACACAUUUACAGUAUAUAUCUGAAUGACAAUGCUCAAGAAUUUCUUAUCUUUAAUGAAAUUCAAAGUAUACCAGCACUUCAGUAUGUGCAUCACGUGAAACGUAUUCAAAUGUGUCAUAAAGUGCUCCGGAUUGUGAACGUUUUAAACUUUGCACCUGUGCAUUACAGGUUAAGUUCUCGUUGACGGUAUUUUUUAUUAAAAGAAAGGAAAAUGAAGGCUCUAAUCGCAAUUUGUCUAGUUUUUCUAGGCUGUUGUACAAACGUUAUAUUUCUUGAGCUUCUUGUCAAGGAAGACCCAGGAAGCGGGAACCUUAUCACUUUUCUCCAAUUCUUGUUUAUAGCCAUAGAAGGAUUUCUAUUCACUUCAAAAUGUGGAACAGUAAAACCCAGAAUAGGACUCAAAGACUACACAAUUUUAGUAGUCAUGUUUUUCCUUUCUAGCGUUUGCAAUAAUUAUGCAUUUGAUUUUAACGUACCAAUGCCUCUUCACAUGAUUUUUAGAGCCGGUUCUCUGAUAGCAAACAUGAUAAUGGGCAUUAUCAUUUUAAGGAAGACUUAUUCAUUUAGCAAAUAUCUAUCAGUUUUUAUGAUUUCUGCGGGAAUCACUUUAUGUACAAUAGUCAGUGGUCAAGAAAUUAAAUCUACACAAACUAUUAAUGUAAAACCGACGACACCAUGGGACGAUUUCUUCUGGUGGACAUUAGGAAUUUUGUUAUUGACGUUUGCACUUUUCAUUAGUGCAAGAAUGGGACUUUACCAGGAAGUUUUGUACAAACGAUAUGGAAAGCAUCCGAAGGAAGCUCUCUUUUAUACACAUUUACUGCCUUUGCCGUUUUUCCUGACUUUGGGGCCAAAUAUAUGGCAACAUUGGAAUAUAGCAGUUGCAUCUUCUCCCAUAGCUUUGCCUCUGAUUGGCGUAGAAGUGCCUAAAUUAGUCGGAUAUUUAAUUGGAAAUGUGAUUACGCAAUACAUGUGCAUAGGAUCGGUCUACGUUUUGACAACAGAAUGUACUUCUUUGACAGUCACGUUGGUAGUGACAUUACGUAAAUUUGUAUCCCUUAUAUUUUCCAUACUUUACUUCAAGAAUUCGUUCACCAUUUACCACUGGGUCGGAACAAUUCUAGUCUUCACUGGAACUAUUAUUUUCACUGAAGUCCUACCAAAGAUUCAACAAAGUUUGGCACCAGCGCCUAGUGAAAAGAAAGUAAAAUAGCCAAAGAAUUUAGAAAAUUAACAACAUCACUUUCGAUAUUUCGAACUUUAAAAACUAAACCCGUCCC